UCCCCAACCCGUGAAUGUCUCUUCUUACAUCCAUUUUAUACUGAAUUUCAGGAAGCAAAUGAUGGAACAGUCGCCAAACACCUACCAUGGCUUUGCAGAAUUCUCUAGAAAGUAUUCAGAAAAUUGGAGAUCCAUCUCAAAGCAGGAAAAGGCAAAGUAUGAAGCCCUAGCCAAGCUCGACAAAGCCCAGUACAGGGAAGAGAUGACGAAUUACACAGGAAAGAAAAGAAAGAGAAAGGAGAGAUGUAAAUGCACCUCAGAAGCCCCAUCCUCAUUCCUGCUCUUCUCCCGGGACCACUUUGCCCAGCUGAGGCAAGAGAACCCAAACUGGGUAAUGCUGGAUGUGGCCAAGUGUGUGGGCAAGAUGUGGUCCAUGUCUGUCAAUGUAGACAAAAUUCCUUAUGAACAGAAUGCUGCACUUAUGUGUGGGCAAAGUACUUCAAGGAGCAGGAGGCCUACCACCACCAAUGUCAGGGCAACAAUGUCAGGGCAAGAAGAGGAACUUCUUGGGAUAGUGCAAGAACAGUUUGAAGCAAUAAAACCUCAUUCAACUGGCUUUCUGGCCCUAGGGUUUUGUAUUUGCAGACUGUCCUUGGAUGCCCUGCUAUAG